AAGCAUUGCUUAGUCUUGUCAAACAUCAAUAGAUAUCUGUGCACCACGCGAAUAUUUCACGGAGUUACAGUGGUGCAUCAUGUUCGUGUACGGUAGUUUGGUGUUGUGGAAUUUUCUUGUUGAGGAAAUUUCAACGAGAAUUCUUACUGUGUUCGUCGCGGUACUAUUUCUGGUACGCGUGCUCCAGAAGCUGAAAGAAGCCAAUUCGCUGCCACCAGGACCUUGGGGGGUGCCCAUCCUGGGAUCUUUACCAUUUCUCAAAGGGGAUUUGCACCUGCACUUCAGGGAUUUAACUCAGAAAUACGGAUCCUUGAUUUCGACAAGACUCGGAUCGCAGCUUAUCGUCGUCUUGAGUGAUUACAAAAUGAUAAGGGAUGCUUUCCGAAAAGAAGAAUUUACAGGAAGACCCAUAACGGAGUUCAGUACUUUACUGGACGGCUACGGUGUGAUUAACACUGCUGGAAAAUUGUGGAAAGAUCAGAGAAAAUUUCUCCACGACGGCUUGCGCCAUUUCGGCAUGUCGUACAUCGGAAGCCGCAAGGCGCAAAUGGAAAAUCGCAUCAUGCGAGAAGUCGAGGAAUUUUUGUCAGUUUUGGCCGCGCAAAAGGGAAACCCCAUUGAUUUGAACCCUUUUCUGGCGGUCUCUUUAUCAAAUGUUAUCUGUGACAUUUUAAUGUCGGUCAGAUUUUCACACAACGACGAAAGGUUCAGAAGGUUCAUGUUCUUGAUCGAGGAAGGCUUCAAACUCUUCAGUUCGUUAGAAGCUUCGUUCUUCAUCCCGAUCUUAAAGUACUUGCCCGGACAAAGACAGACACGUGAAAAAAUUGCCAAGAAUCGGGUAGAAAUGGCUCAAUUCCUCCAAGAAACUAUCGAAGAACACAAGAAAAGCUUCGACCCGUCGCAUUUGCGCGAUUUGUUAGACACUUACCUUUAUGAAAUUCAGAAGGCCAACGAGGAAGGCGUCGGUCAUCACCUCUUCGAAGGCAAAGAUCACGAUCGUCAGAUGCAACAAAUCAUGGGCGAUCUUUUCUCUGCCGGUAUGGAAACCAUCAAAAGCUCUCUACAAUGGGCGGUUCUCUUCAUGCUCCAUCAUCCCGAAGUGAUGAAGGCAGUCCAAGAAGAAAUGGACCAAGUCGUGGGUCGCCGCCGGCUGCCCAAACUCGAAGACUUACCAUACUUACCAGUAACCGAAUCUACGAUGCUGGAAGUAAUGAGAAUAUCGAGUAUAGUCCCUAUGGGCACCACGCACGCACCCACAAGGGACCUGCAACUCAACGGUUUCCACCUACCCAGGCACGCCCAAAUCGUCCCGUUGCUUCAUGCCGUCCAUAUGGAUCCUAGUUUGUGGGACGAGCCCGAGAAGUUCAACCCUAGCAGGUUCAUCAACUCCGAGGGAAAAGUCGUCAAGCCAGAAUAUUUUUUGCCUUUCGGCGUUGGACGAAGAAUGUGUUUGGGGGAGAUCCUCGCCCGGAUGGAGAUCUUUUCCUUUUUCUCGUCGCUUUUACACUCGUUUGAGAUCUGCGUUCCCGCCGGAGAGACCCUUCCGAGUUUGAAAGGUGUCGCGGGGAUCACCAUUAGUCCCAACGCCUUCAAAAUCUGCCUCAAGCCUAGACCUAUGGAAUGGGAUUCGAUGGGUACCAUCAGGCCUGCUGGAAGCCAUUAGUUUUUAAGGAGCACGGUGACCGAAAGCGAUUCCUAUUAUUUAUACCGAGGCACAGUACUUAGACAUUCCUCAAGAUACGAGAUCUCCGACUUGUUCGGCUGUGCAUUGCAAAGUGUUCAUUCAUUGUUAGUAUUAAUAUUUUAUAGAUUUACUGAUUUGUGUGCUAGUCACGUUGCAUGUCAUCCAUACAUUAAAUCACCAUUCUAGUUGCCGUUUUUAUACCAUUGUACCACGUUACCUGUCGAGGCAACAGUCGAACCUUUUUUUUUUUCAUUUUAGAUGUAAGAAUUGUAAAUAGUUCAUUUUGUUUUUGCGAUCUUGCUAGCAAACAACGUACAAUACAACCAACAGGAUGUAACGUUAAUAUUAUUGUUAUGUUUAAUUAUUUUUAAUUGGAGACAAUAUUAAUAUAAUUUUUUUACUUUAAAUUAUGAA